UAAUUCGAUCCUAUUUUCUAUGUUCAUGAUAACUACUUCCGCAUUCAUCACGUUGAUUGGCGUUGUUAUAUUAUAGCGCAUGGCUAUUCUGCAUGUUAUAUUUUUUCUGUUUUUUUGCUUAAUGGUUUCCUGUUGGAAAGUAUAUGUUAAUUCCGUAUUCUAUUACCGAUUUUAUCAAUGAUUUGUAUAGUAUUAGCAUGGUUUUCAGGGUCUGCUCCUUUAUUUAUACGUGUAAUGUAUCUUAACACUUUGAGUUUUUUCUUUGGCCUAUCUCAUAUGUGGCCCUCUUCAUUUAUUUGCUUUUUGAAGUUUGAUCUAUUAUCAUUAUUCUAUCUAAAAGAUAUUGGAAGUUAUCCUCUGAUAGAUUUUGAUAACCACUGUUACAGAUAUCCCAUUUAAUGAUCUGACAGUAACAGUAGUAUUUGUAUGUACACGUCAUAACUUUCGCACACGGUCCGACACGAGUUGUCGAAAUACGAAUGGAACCAUUUAUUAUUAAGUAUGGAAACUCUAUAUCAUCAAACAAACAAACUGGUCCAAGAAACACAACAUCUUUUCUCACAACUUGAGAAAAAAACGCCUAACCUGGAUGUAAAAGAAAUAGAAAACAACAUAGAAUCAAAAAUAAACCUCAUCAACAGUAAUUGCGAGAAAUUAGAUGUAUUAUGCCGUAAAGGCCCUAUAUCUCAAAGACAGAAUGCUAAAAUGCGCGUGGAUCAACUGAAAUAUGAUAGCCGUCAUCUCACAGCUGCUUUAAAUUCAUGGCGCAACAAAAUGAUUAGAAAGCAAAGAGAAGAAGCUGAAAGGGAAGCAUUGCUGUCUAGGACAUUUACCACAAAUGAUCAUGUUGAUAUUAUGAUAGAUCAUAAUGUACAACACAAUCAUAGUUUAAGAAAUGCAGUUAGUGGUAUGGAUGAUCUUCUUCAAAGUGGUAGUAGUAUUUUGGAUAGUUUGAGAUCACAAAGAAUAACUUUAAAAGGGGCUCAUAGGAAAUUAAUAGAUAUUGGGAAUACAUUAGGACUUUCACAAACCACAAUGAGACUAAUAGAACAGAGAGCAAGACAGGAUGGAUUUAUCCUAGUUGGUGGAAUGUUGUUCACAUGCUUUGUUAUAGUUUUAGUUAUAAUUUAUCUUACAUAGAAAAUAUUACCUUUUACUUUUUAAGUACAUAGGAUGAUGCAUUUAACACUAUUAAUUAUUGAAGUAUUUUAAACAGAAAAUUGUUUUUCGCAUUGUAUAAAGAAAUUUGGUAUGUUUUUACUACUAUAAGAGAUAUAUAAUAUAUUUGAAUUAAUAAUGUUGAAUGCUUCAUCCUUCACAUAUUAAGUUGAAUGUUGCAUUGUGAACUUGAAAUUUGUAAUUGUUACUUAUUGAAUAUUAAUACACAUGUAUUUGUAUGUGUGUACACAAUAAAAUAAGAAUAACAGAGCUAUAUGUUAACAGUAUAAA